UUCACGUUAUAAUGUCAACAUAACUUGUAAACAAAUUCAAAAAUUUUACAAUUUUUAAUAAGUUUUACGAAGAAUUACAAUUCGGUGGUGAUCCAGGAGUAGGACAAUGGAAUCCCGGCGAAGUACACGCAAAGUGAAGGUGGAGCCGUCAUUUGAGCUGGUUGACGUGAAGCUGGAACCUGACGAUCUGCUAAACUCGACAAAAACAGAGGAAAUAACCGCUGGGGCUUCCAAGCGUAAAUACGUGAGAUCACGAGCAAUUCAAGUGAAACCGGAAGACCUCGAUGGACUUGCUGGCACCAACAUGGAUGCAUCAAUGGUUCCGGGCGAGAACGAACCGAUCGACCUUGUGUACGGCGAAACCAUUGUGCCGCAGUGUAGAUUUUGCCUACGCCGAGUCUCGCGGCCAAAUCUCAAAAUAAUACUCGCCCGGCAUAAGCCAAAAACAUUGGCUGCAUUUAAGAUAAAGAUUUUUCCUGGCGAUGCGUAUCCAUUGGCGUGUUGCAACUGUUUGAACUUACUGGACAUUAUUCUGGGAUUCAAAGAAGCAGUUUUGAAGGCAAAAAAAUUGCUGAUUGGAGAUAGAACUUUCCUGGAGAGCGAUGGGUGGGAUGAUUCCGAGUGUAUGGAUGCCAUUGCCAAAUGUAGAACUGUGGUGGAACAACACAAAAAACAGAUUGAUUCGACCUAUGAAGAGUUUUUGAAGCGACGAGUUGCCGGCACCCUGAAGGAAGAAAAAGAGAUUGAUAAUGCUAAUGAGGGAUUGCAAGCUGCGGGUCUCCAAGACGAUAGUGCGCAGGUUUUAUCAGCCGUAUCUGUUCUUGUGGAACAAAGUACCUGUUUGGACUCUUCGAUUAGUGAAACUGUGCAGGAAGAACCUCUCGCCAAUUCACUCGAAGAAAACGACGAACAAGAAGAUUCGGCAGAUGCUGGUGACGAGUCCGACUUUUUGCCACCAACAGAUUCGGAGGAUGAAGAGUUCGAAGAGGCCAUCAAAAAAUCCAAAAAGUCUAAAAAGGUGAAGAAAACUCGAGCCUCCCGAGAGACAGCCUCCAACAGGUCAUCAAACAAAGAACAAGAACCUCGCCAGGAGCUGUGUGACCUUUGCGGGGAAAGGGUUUGUUCUCAAGCGGCAGAAUCGCAUAAAAAUCGUCAUUUGGGCAUUAAACCUUACACUUGCCCGUCGGAAGGAUGCGAAUUAACCUUUUACAGCAGAUUCAAUCAAUUACAGCACGUGAAACGUAUCCACGCUGAAAGUGGUGUACCAUCACACAAAUGCGAUAUAUGCGGACGAAAUAUACGAGGAGCACUGAAUGUGUUAAACUGGCAUAAACGUAAGCACGACCAAACUAAGAAACAUGUAUGCCAAUUUUGUGGAAAAGGUUUCACCCUGCGACAGUACUUGAAACAGCAUGUGACCGUCGUACAUACGGAGGUAUUCCCGCACGCCUGUAGCUACUGUGGCAAGAAGUUCAAACUGAAAUGGAGCAUGUUGGCGCACGAGAAAAAUGUCCACGAAAAAAAGUAUCAAGCUGCCUCGGCACAAGAACAGCAGGUUUCGGAUUGUGGCAUUCAGCAAGAACCCAGUUAUGAUUACGUGACUAAUCUGUAG